AUGCGGUUGCUCCUGCUUGCCGCUGUCUGCGUGUACACCGCGCUAGAGCAGCAACCGUCCCUUGCAUUCGUCGUGCGCGGGAUCGCAGGGAGCUUGUCGGUGUCAGGUCCUUCGUGGAGGGCUGGGACGGGCUGCUGCAGCUGCAGCAGCAACAGUAGCAACAGCAACAGCAACAACGCCAUAUCCUACAUCUCGAGGCGUCUUGACUCAUUCGUGAUGUCAAGACGCUCAUCUUUGUCCGCUGUCUCGCCGGUGGCUGAGGCAGCUGUAGCGAGUUCCCCUGUAGCGCCGGAAAUCCCACAGGAGACACCGGAAGAAGUGAAACAGCAAAUACGAAAGAGGCGGCUUUCCAAUCAUCUCCCUCCUCAUCGUAUAUUGAAAAAUGAUUGCCUCCGGGUCGCCCUUAUGGGCCCCUCGGAGUACAGGGAGCUCAUCUUGCAGCAAGGCAUUGCAGCAGCAACCGCAGUAACAGCAAGGGUACAAACAGAAGAACCAGCAGCAGCAGCGACAGCCGAAGCAGGAGACAUUGAUACGUUUGCAGUGCCUGUGUGGGUGAUGCGCCAAGCUGGCCGAUACCUGCCCGAGUUUAGGGCGGUGUGCAGAGACCCAUUGCUGGCAGCUGAGGUAACCCUUCAACCUCUUCGUCGUUUCCCUCAACUUGAUGCCGUCAUUAUCUUCACUGACAUUCUUGUCUUGCCCGAGGCCAUGGGAAUGCCUCUAACAGUAGAAGAAGGAGAGGGCCCGCGUUUCGGCUGGAGGCUUGAGUCGCCAUCUGACAUUGACCGUCUAGACGCCACAUUUGAUGUCGAGGACAAACUGGGGCACGUACUGGACGCAAUAUACGCAACAGUUGAGCAGCUGGAUGGCCGCGUGCCGUUAAUCGGGUUUAGUGGAGCUCCCCUCACUUUGUUUUGCUAUAUGGUAGAGGGUGGAUCGUCCGCCAAGGGCUGGCGCAGGUGCAAAGAGUUCAUCUACCAACAUCAAGAGAAGUCACUGCUACUGCUACAGCAGAUCGCUGCAGCAGCGGCAAGGUACCUUAUCAAACAGGUUGAUGCCGGAGCUCAAGUGUUGCAGGUCUUCGACACAAACGCGGGCGCUUUCUCCCCUGAGGAAUACGAGCGAUUUGGGGCUCCCUUUAUGCGACAAAUUGCGGAGGAGGUGGCAUCUGCUCGUCCCGGAGUGCCACUAAUUGCCUUUCCUAAAGACCAGCCCCUCUCAUCAUUCAACUCGUCAUCCUUUUCGGCAAUAAGUAUCGGCUGGGGCACAGAAAGGGCCCUUGCUAAGGCUAGGCUUCAGCAAGGGGCCUCCCUUGGUACCAGGCCCCCCAUAGACAGCCCGCUCACCAAAGCGUUGCAGGGAAACUUGGAUCCCCACAUUCUAUAUGCGCCAGAUGAAGUCAUCAGGCAGCAAACGACAGACAUGGUGCGCGCAUUCCAGCCUGGGCGUUACGUGGCAAAUUUGGGGCAUGGAAUGGAGCCUCAAAUGGACCCUCACAAGCUCGAGGUUUUCUUGCAGUCUGUGAAAGACGCGGCAGCACAAAUCAAGGAGGAGCACGAGGCCGCGUGCAACACACAGGCAGCAAGACAGCCAGCUACUUAG